GCCCCCCGAGGGCGAGGAGAGAGAGAGAAAACCAGCACCACGUCGGUACAAAACGAGGCCAGAGAGAGAGAGAGAGGGGCGAAGAAGCAGAGGUGUGGGGGCAGAGAGAGAGAGAGAGAGAGAGGGGAGAAGAGACGAGGAAAGUGUUGGCGGUGUGCUCGCGCCAUUCCCGUCCCCUCCCCGCGACCCGGCCCCGCCGGAUCUCGCGGACGUCGGCGGCGCCGGCUCCUCCCGGGCGGCGCCCCCGAUCGGCGGCCGCGUCCCCGCCCAUGCUCGUCGCGGCAGCGCGGGGGACCCGGAGCGCGUGAGCAGGGAGGCGCCGCGUGCCACGGGGCGCCUGUACAGUCAUCGGCGGCGGCCAUGGCGGACCUGGCUUCCACCUGCAAGGAUAAACUGGCAUACUUUCGAAUAAAGGAACUCAAAGAUAUCUUGCAUCAGUUAGGCCUACCAAAGCAAGGAAAGAAGCAGGAUCUUAUUGACAGGGUAUUGGCACUGUUAUCAGAUGAGCAAGGUCAAAGGCAUCAUGGGUGGGGAAGAAAAAAUUCUUUCACAAAGGAGGCAGUGGCAAAAAUUGUUGAUGAUAUAUACAGCAGGAAAAUGCAAAUCCAAUCUGCUCCCGAUCUAGCCACUAGGUCCCAUACUGGAUCAGAUUUAUUCCGGCCUAAAGAUGAAGUCAACGACUCCUUCCAGCCACAGCCAGUGACUAAGGUCCGCUGCAUUUGUGAUAGCAAGUUGCUAAACGAUAAUAUGAUCCAGUGUGAGGAUGAUCGAUGCCAUGUAUGGCAACAUAUGAGCUGUGUGCUCGUUCCAGAUAAGCCCACUGAGGGUGUUGGCCCUGAAGUUCCACCCCAUUUCUACUGUGAAUUAUGCCGACUAAGUCGGGCAGACCCGUUUUGGGUCACUACAGGGAAUCCAUUACCCCCUCUAAAAUUCAUGUCAUCUGGUGUUGCAAAUGAUGGAACAAGUGUACUUCAAACCGUGGAGAAAACCUUCCAACUUUCUCGAGCGGAUAGGGAAACAGUUCAGAGAUCAGAAUAUGAUCUCCAGGUUUGGUGCAUUCUUAUGAACGAUAAAGUUCAGUUCAGGAUGCAGUGGCCUCAAUAUGCAGAAUUGGAAGUGAAUGGUUUUGCUGUACGAGUAGUGACCAGACCUGGUUCUCAGUUGCUAGGCAUAAAUGGACGAGAUGAUGGGCCAUUGAUAACCACAUGCAGUAGAGAAGGAACUAACAAGAUCUGCUUACGAAGGGUUGAUAAUCGAACAUUUUGCUUUGGAGUCCGAGUUGCUAAGAGGAGGAGUGUUCCUCAGGUUUUAAAUUUAGUUCCAAAGGAAGCUGAAGGUGAGUCUUUUGAGGAUGCUCUUGCUCGUGUUCGGCGCUGUCUCGGAGGUGGAGAUACUGCAGAGAAUGCUGAUAGUGACAGUGAUUUGGAAGUGGUUACUGAAUCUGUUACAGUCAACCUUCGUUGCCCUAAUAGUGGAUCCAGAAUGAAGACCGCUGGAAGGUUCAAGCCUUGCAUUCACAUGGGUUGUUUUGAUCUCGACACCUUUGUGGAACUGAAUCAGCGCUCACGCAAGUGGCAGUGUCCAAUAUGUUUAAAGAACUACUCUCUUGAGAAUUUGAUGAUUGAUCCUUACUUCAAUCGGAUUACUUCUCUGUUGCGCGAUUGUAGUGAAGAUGUCAAUGAGAUUGAUAUUAAGCCAGAUGGAUCUUGGCGUGUAAAGGGUGAUGUACCAACUUGGGAAUUAUCUCAGUGGCAUAUGCCUGAUGGCACGCUCUGUAUCUCGAAGGAAGAUAACAAAACUGGUGUUGAGAAUUUUAAUGAACUCAAGAUAGAAGGUACUUCUGAUGGUCAUAAGAGCUUAAAAAUUGGAAUCAAGAGAAAAAAUGGAAUUUGGGAAGUUAGUAAUAAAGCAGAUGACAAGAAGCCUUCCGUGGUAGGAAAUAUCACCCAGAACAAUAUUACUUUCCGAACUCCAAACACUUUCCCAAUGAGCAGUAGUCCCACUGGGAGUUAUAGAGAUGGGGAAGACACAAGUGUGAACCAAGAGGGCAGUAUGCAUAUUGACUUAUCACUGAACAAUGGCCAUGAGUUUGAAAGUUUUCCUCUCAAUUUUCGCCCAACAUAUAAUACAGAGGAUACAUCACAACAACAACUUAGUGCUGGAGAUGUCAUUGUUCUUAGUGAUUCUGAUGAAGAGAAUGAUACAAUUGUUUGCCCACCAACUGUCUACGUCAAUACUACUGCAAAUGACAGUGGUUUUCCUUUUGCCACUAGUGGUGCUGGAUUUACUGGAAGAUACCAGGAAGAUGCUGGCGUUGGUACUAGUGGCCUUGGUUUAUUAAGCAACAAUGCUGAUGAUUUUGAGAUGACUAAUUGGCAAAUGCCCUAUUCCCAACCGGAGCAAGGCUACCAGUUUUUCGGGGAUGGCACCGCCGAUACUUAUGUCGGUUCGCACAAUUCCUUUAGCAUUGCACCAAACGACUAUUCCCUUGAUUGUAACGUUGGCAUAGAGGAGGCUUCUGUAGCUCAUGAUCUUCCAGUUUACCGCAGUAAUAAUGAAAUGCAUGGAAGUUUGGUUGAUAACCCAUUGGCUUUCGGUGGCGACGAUCCUUCUUUGCAAAUUUUUCUUCCAAGUCAGCCUUCUUCUGUUCCACUUCAGGAAGAACCAAGUGAGCGAUUAAAUGCAUCAAAUGGGGUUCAGUCUGAUGAUUGGAUCUCUCUUACGCUCGCAGCUGGUGGAGGUGGUAGUGAAGAGCCUGCAGCUGCUAAUGGUUUAAAUUUGCAUGAACAAAUUCAGUCAAAUGAGACGGGAGUGGAACCAUUAAUUGAUGCCGCUUCUGUGCUUCCAAGCACAAACAAUGACAGAGAUGAUGGAGCUAAUUUAAAUCCAAGAAGGAUUGACAACAUAUUUUCUCAUCCUCGCCAGCCUCGGUCUCGGUCGGUCAGGCCUCGACUUUGUUUAUCAAUAGAUUCUGACUCUGAGUAGAUUGGACAUUUAAAUGGGAUAGCUGAGUUUGCAUUAAUUUGGCGAGGCUGCCUUCCAGAAAUCCUGAUUUUUACCGAGAUUAUCAGGUUCUUCUGGUUGAUGUAAAGAAAAGCACAAACAUAAACAUAGAUGCCGUGUUGCCUCACCUGGUUUACAAACUUCCAAGUGUUCCAUGGGGAUCUGCACACAAGACUCUGAUGGUUGGUAUAGAAAAUUUUCUGACUGGGGAUCAAGGCUUUAAUGUUGCUACUGGAGCAGUUUGUACAUUUUUUGACCUUCUUUACUGGACAUAAGGGGGAAUAGGGAGGCCAUCCUAGAUGACUAUACAUGUGGGUGUUUGCGUGUACCAUCAUUGUAUUUAGGGUUUGAGGCGCUAAUCUAGAUGUUUUUUUUUUUGAAAUGUAAUCUAGAUGUUCGUUACCUUGAUGUUCGAUGGAGAAUAAAUUAUUAUUUCUGGAGUGGCGGUCAAUAAACAGAGCCCUUCAGUGUUUA